AUUGUGAUCCGAGGCCUGGACCGCCUGCUGCAGCAGCAUCUCGGAAGGUGGCGCACUGCAUAGAAGAGCUGCAUAGGUGGCGCCCAUGAUGACUCAUCACUGAUGAAAGGCCCCCUGCAAGAACCGGAUGGAAUUUGAAAGUGCGUCUCUUCCCAAGUGGGCUUCAGCGCACAAACACUGAAACAGAUGGAGCUGAGGUGUACAUCCCCAGGUUUGAAGUAUCCUGGACAACUGCGGUGAAAAGCGUCCGUUUGCAUGCUUUUUCCAUAGUCGAGUCGAUAAGGCGCCUGGAGAUAGGCUACAGCACGAGGACAAAUCGGAGCUGCUUGAAAGUAGUCUCCCCAAUAUGGGUGCAGACUUUUGCAGCAAAGGGCGUCACACUCUCUUUGGGGAAGGGAGCCUGCACAAUGGGACGGGUGCAGACUCUGUGGGGCAUUCUGUAGGUUUAUUGUUGACCUAAUUUGACAAAGCAUACCUUGAUUUGGUCCAUUGUCCACAUAUGGCGACUCAAUUGGGAAGUACCUUGCAGAAUUGUAGCUGUGCAGAGAGGCUGCUUUGGAUGACGCCAACAAGAGGGUGCAAAAUGAUACUGGGCGCAGCAGAGCAAGUCUUGCUUGGGAUCAGGUUUCCUGGUUGAUUCUGGUGCCUGUGACCUAGUAAGCUGUGUGACCCGUUGGCCUGACAUGUAGGCAGUCAGCAGCGGCAGCAUGGAGGAGCGGAGCAAGAGCGGCAGCAAUUUGAAUGAUGCGCUUGCGGGGUGGCGCGCGUGGCUGCCGGGCUCCAAGAAGGAGACGGACGCGGGCAACCAUCACUGGGCGGCAGACCAGGGGAGCUGCUACGAGUGCCAGGCCCUGUUCACGUUGUUCAACAGGCGGCAGUACUGCGGCCUGUGUGGGCGCGGCUUUUGUUCAAAGUGCACCAAGCACACUCUGCCGGUGGCUGGGCCGGGCCCAUCUGGGGACGAGGCGGCCAGCUACUACAAGUCAGACGGAGAGAGCGGGUCCCAGACGCGGGUCUGCAACUUCUGUUACAACCUGCGCAAGCAGCAGAGCAGGGGGGAUGGGAGCAGGAGCAGUCUGGACGCAGCAGAGGUUGACAGCAACGGGCGGCACAGCCCUCAACAUGCCAAUGGCCUGAUAAGACAGAGGGGGGGAGAUGGUGGGGCUUCGUCACAUGCUGUGGACAUUGCAGAUGGGGGGAGCUGGAGGCGGCGGUUGCCAAAUGGGGGGGCUCAUGAGGAUGGGGAGCCUAGAAGGAAGGAGAGGGCGGUUAGCCCCGGGGAUUAUGGGAGCAGGAGUGAGGAAGAGGACGAUGAUGACGAGCAAGCUGAGACCAACAAGCAGCUGGCGCGCGCCAGGCGACUCGGCAGUAGCCCCAAGCAGCGCACACGCUCGCGGCGCAUCCGCCAGCGGCAAUAUGCCUCGCUAGGCUCAGAAGAUGAGAGCGUCGAUGAGAGUACGACAGACACAGAACGGAUUGCUCGGCCCGGGGGCUGGUCCGGCAGCUACGGGUGGCAUGGGGCAGACAUGGAGAAAGUGACAGAAAGGGGCAUGGCGGGCGAGGGGGGGGGGGCGCCAGUGCUUGAGGACCAAAAGGGCCCCCCUGGCAUGGAAAGCGCGAGCCGGGCAUCUGCAAUUGGGACAGGGGAAGGGGAGCCCCAUCGAUCAGGGGACGGCGCUCAUGGUUCUAGUAAGCUGCCGCCACGGCCCCCUACUGCGCCGAGCGCGUCGGGGGAAGGGGGUGGAUUGAAGCAUGCGCGGCAGGAUAGUGCGGAGGCGGCGCUGAACCCGGGGUGUCACAUGCGCCAAGACAGCCUGGACGCGGACAGCUUUGCACUGCACGAUGAUGCAACGAACCAUGACUUUGGCUCGUUGUACGCGGAUGCUGGGGAGACGGUUGAGCGGCCCAAGCCCGAUCAACGCAGCCUGGCUGUGGAAGACAGUGACAACAGCCAGCUCUGGGUGCCGCCAGCCCCCGAGUCCGAUGAGGAGGAAGUGCCGCCAGAGGAGGACCAUGAGGGGGGGGACGAAGAAGAUAACGAGGAGGGGGGCUGGGAAGGGGAGGACGACGAGGACGAUGAUUGGGACGAGAAGGAGCGCGAACGGGCACGGCGUCGGCGGCGGCUGCGAAGAAACUCGCGGUCAAGCAAGAGCACUGCAAGCGAGAUGCACAAGAAGGUGCUGCGCUCCGUCAGUGACGACCAUUUCCGUGCGCUGGUUGCGCAGCUACUGAGCGCGGAAGGUUUGCCCGUUGGCGGGGGGGGCGACAGCGAAGGUUGGCUCGACAUUGUGGCCGCUCUGGCAUCGCGUGCGGCGAGCAUGAUUCGGUUGGAUCAGAAGAAGACCGGAACAAUGGACCCGGGGGGGUACAUCAAGGUGAAGUGCGUGGGGACGGGGACAAAGGGCGACAGCGACGUCGUGAAGGGGGUGGUGUGCCGCAAGAACGUGGCGCACCGGCGGAUGAGCCACCCGAAGCGCAACCCGCGGCUGCUGCUUCUGGGGGGCGCGCUGGAGUACCAGCGCAGCGCGGGCCAGCUGAGCAGCCUGGAGCAGGUGCUGCAGCAGGAGCGCGAGCACCUGAACGUGCUCGUGGCGCGCAUCGAGCAGCACAAGCCGGAUGUGCUGCUCGUGGAGAAGGCCGUCUCGGGCUACGCGCAGGAGCGCCUCCUGCAGAGCCAGAUCUCGCUGGUGCUGAACCUCAAGCCUGGCCUGAUGGAGCGCAUCUCGCGCUGCACGGGGGGCCAGAUCAUGCCUCCAGGGGACCCCCUGGUGGCGCCCAAGAUUGGGCAUUGCGAGAUGUUCCAUGUGGAGCGCUUUGUGGAGGAGCACGGCAGCGCGGGGCAGGAGGGGCGCAAGGGCACCAAGACGCUCAUGUACUUUGAGGGCUGCCUCAAGCCGCUGGGCUGCACAAUCCUGCUCAAGGGCGCAUCUGGCGACGAGCUCAAGCGCGUCAAGCGCGUGACCCAGUUCGCUGCCUUCGCUGCGUACCACUUGUCGCUGGAGACUUCCUUCCUGGCGGACGAGGGCGCCACGCUCCCUACCAGCAGCACCUCCGCUUUCCUCGCCUCCUUGCGUUCUUCGCGCCCCGCCCCACUGUACAUCCAGCCCAGCCCCUCGGCCUCCAGCGGGGGGGAGUACCUCACUGGCAGCUUCAGCCAGAACUCCCCCCUCUCCGCGGCGCACCUCACCAGCGACGGGCCCUCCGCGCGCCUGCGCCAGACCCGCCGACAGCCUUUGCCCAUUCUGUCAGUGUCGCCCAACGUCUCGUUCCCUCCUGAGGAGAGCCCGGAUACCCCGCUUUCUCACAAGUGGCCCCCAGAGGUGCCUGCAGGACCUGAGGUCGUGUCUAGCCCGGCACCUCAGUCAGUGUCGGGCCUAUCCUCCGCUCCCUCGUCCCCCAAGCCGGUACCCUCCCAGUCCCUCAGCCCCGCACCCACCGAACCAAAGCAGGGCGCACUGGUGACCCCUCCAUCUGAUGGCGGCUCCCUGCUGGAGCCAGCGAACUCGGCGAAGUCGGAGGACUUUUCGUUUCAACCACUGCACCCCUCCUCCGAUGCACCCACAGCAACCCCCCUGCUGCGCUCCUCCUCCAGCCGCGAGCUGAAAGAAGCGCUGCCGGGCGCUAUUUUCAACGGCCCCGCCGCCUUGUCCCUCCAGUCCGAGGAACAAAGGGCAGCUCAACUUCUAGCGCUACCCCACACUGUCACGCCCCUCCCUGUAGGCAGCCCUGGCAAAGGUCUAGCCAAUGGGGGCUUGGCGUUGGACCAGGUGUCAGAUGCGUGCGGGACCCCUCUGGGGUCCUUCAGUAAAGUGGCGCCGUCCCCGAGCGAGCACCAGAGUAUCUUGGUGUCGCUGAGCAGCCGGUGCUUGUCCAAGGGCACCGUUUGCGACCGCGCUCACCUGGUGCGCAUCAAGUACUACGGCAGCACCGACAUGCCGCUCGGCCACUUCCUGCGCAACGGCCUCUUCAACACGCGGCACCGCUGCCCGCGCUGCGACGAGCCGAGCGACGCGCACGUGCGCACUUACACGCACCGGCAGGGCAGCCUGACUAUCUCGGUGCGGCGCCUGAAGCGUGGGCAGACCCUCCCCGCGGGCACGUCCAGCGGGGAGCCGCGCAUCUGGAUGUGGCACCGCUGCCUGCGCUGCCCGCGCGACGUGAAUGGGCUGCCCCCCAGCAGCAAACGCGUGGUGAUGUCGGAUGCGGCGUCGAGUCUCUCAUUCGGCAAAUUUCUGGAGCUGUCAUUCAGUAACCACGUGGCGGCGAGCCGGCUUGCCAGCUGCGGUCACUCGAUCCACCGCGACUGCCUGCGCUUCUACGGGUGCGAGGGCAUGAUUGCGUGCUUCCGGUAUGCACCCAUUCUGCUGCACGCGGUGCACCUGCCGGACCCGCGCCUCGAGUUCAACAACCCCAGCCAACAGCAGUGGCUCGUCGAAGAGGUGCACGACGUGGCAGACAAGGCGGAGCUCGUGUUUGCGGAGGUGCUGGACACGCUGCGCGUGAUCGGCGAGCGGCUGUGCGGGCAGGCGGGGCGCACGACGACGCCCGAAGCGCGGCGCUGCAUCGUGGAGCUGGAGGCACUGCUGGUGAAAGAGAAGGCGGCGUUCGAGGAGCACCUCUUCGAGAUUUCAAAGAAGAUGCCGCAGCACACGGGCGGGGUGGAGCAGGCCCCGGGGGAGCCCAUCGCCGACGUGCUCGAGCUGAACCGCUUGCGGCGGGAGCUGGCAAUCGGGUCGUUCCAGUGGGACAGUCGGCUGCAUUACCUGGCGUCGAGUCUGAAGCUGCGCAAGCCGACCCGCGCCGAGGGGCCCAGCUCGCUGGAUGACCAUGCACUGUUCCUCGCGUCCAGGGGGCCGUCGCCGCCCCCAGCAGAUCAGGCGGAGAAAGAGGGGAAGAUUGAGGGCAAAGAGGGGGCAGAGGGGACGGAGAAAACAGAUGGCGGCCAGGGGGAGGAAAAGCAGGGAGACGGGGAUGCCGCGAGUGAGGGCGUCGCGCAAGCGAGCGCGAGCAAGGAAGGCAGUGAUGCGAAGAGCGCGAAAGUAGGUGAGGUGACAGGUGCCGAGGCGACGAAAGAAACGAGCAGCGAGAAGGAUAAGGCUAGCCAGAAAGCCGAUGGACUGGAGCACGCUCCAUCUUCAGUGGAUAGUGUCGGCGCUGGAAGUUCGCAUGUGCGCCAGGUGGCGGGCGGGGAGCACGUGCUGGAGAGCUUUGUGCAGGGGUCCAACAUCCUGGGCGCCCUGCCAGCGCCCCUGCUCAGCGACGAAAAGGCCAAGUCGCUGGUGGAGGGCAGGAUCGUGGAGCAGGACCGGCAGGACAGCCUGGCAGCCAACGCGGCCCCUGCUGACGAGACCAGCGGCACGCAGGUGGCAGACCUAGUUGCGCGGGCAGGGGCCGUGGUGGAGCGGUUCUUGGCGGGGGAGUCGUUGAGCGGGGAGGGCAAAGCUGGCGAGGAGCUGGCGGACCUGCGCGCGGAGGAGGACUUAGUGGCGGCCGCGAUAGCGCAGGCGCACGGAGGCAGCGACAACGUGGCCAGCCCGACGGCGUGCCGGCCGAAACAGAGCUGGGACCGCGCCCAAGUGGAGCGCCUCGAGCAGAUUGCGGAAAGCGUGGGUGCACGGACGAAAGCGGGGGGCGACGCUGGCGUAGAGCAGCCGGCAGGCGAGGAAAGUCGGGGGGGGGAGUUGCGCGGCGACUUCAGUCCCGCGGACGCUGGGGUGUACCGCACCAACUCGGCGGGUCCGACCGCGAGCUGGCCAGCGCCGGGGGAGUUGGAGGGCGGCCCGCAGCAGAGCCCGGACCCGGUUCAGUCGGGGGCGCUCGGGGUGCGGCGCGUGCUGUCCGAGGGCCACCUGCCGAUCCUCGCGGACCUGUCGGCUACGCUCGACGCGGCCUGGACGGGGGAAGCCCCCCGGGACAUGCCCGCCGUUGCUGCGGCCCUCGCUGAGAAGCAGGGCACGGAAGGAGUGGCGGUCCCGCUAGAGGCGCCCGAGCAGCAGGGUGAGAGUGGGGCUGCCCCAACGGCAAGCCAGCGCUCGGAGUCGGACUCCGCUGACACCGGAUCUGCGGCACCGAGCGCGCCCACAUCGCCCAGCAAGCGGGGCGAAGAGGCGCGCGACGAGGACCGCAGCGCGUGGGCGUUUUCGACGCUGUACAAGGCCGCGCUCGCGCCGACGUCGCCCCCGCGCGACGCUGCGGGUGGAGCGGCAGGGGGCGCAAUGCCGAGCGUGGUGUCGCACGCGGCGCAGGUGGCGGCGCAGGGGGGCGCGCGGAUCAUGCUGCCGGUGGGGCACGACGAGGUGGUGGUCGCCGUAUACGACGACGAGCCGAGCAGCGUUAUUGCGUAUGCGCUGUGCAGCGAGGACUACCAGGCGCAGCUGCGGGGGGCGGCCAACGGGCGCAGCCGCCGGGAGACGUCGUUGUCGCGCGAGAGCGGCGAGGGGGGAAAAGGCGGGGCGGAGCAGGGGGAGGGGAACGAGGAGGCGGGUGGUGGAGGCGACAAGAAGGGCGUGGGCAAGGACGGAGAGAAGGGGGCGGACCGCGGCGAGGUGGAAGACCCGCUGCUGUCGAUGGAGCCUGUGCACAUCAAGACGAGCUUCACGGACGACGCGCCGCAGGGGAAGGUCAAGUUCUCGGUGACCAUCUACUACGCGCGCCAGUUCGAGGCGCUGCGAAGGAAGUGUUGCGGGGGCGACCUGGACUUUGCGCGCUCGCUUUGCCGGUGCCGCAAGUGGCACUCGUCGGGCGGCAAGAGCAACGUCUUCUUUGCCAAGACGCUCGACGACCGGUUCGUGAUUAAGCAGGUGACGCGCACGGAGCUGCUGUCGUUCCUCGAGUUCGGCCCCGACUACUUCAAGUACCUCUCCGACGCGCUCUCCACCGGCGCCCCCACCUGCCUCGCCAAGACGCUCGGCAUCUACCAGGUGCACGCGAAGCACGCCAAGAGCGGGCGCGAGAGCCGCAUGGACGUGGUGGUGAUGGAGAACCUGCUGUACGGGCGGCGCAUCGCGCGCAUCUACGACCUCAAGGGCAGCACGCGCAGCCGCUACAACGCGGACGCGAGCGGGCGCAACAGCGUGCUGCUGGACGAGAACCUGCUGGAGGCCAUGCCCACGGACCCCAUCUUCGUCGGCAACAAGGGCAAGCGCCUCCUCGAGCGCGCCGUCUGGAACGACACCCAGUUCCUUGCGAGCGUGUACGUGAUGGACUACAGCCUGCUGGUGGGCGUGGACGAGGAGCGGUGCGAGCUGGUGCUGGGCAUCAUCGACUUCUUCCGGCAGUACACGUGGGACAAGCACCUCGAGACGUGGGUCAAGGCCAGCGGCAUCCUGGGCGGGUCCAAGAACGCGGCGCCGACCGUCAUCUCGCCCAAGCAGUACAAGAAGCGCUUCCGCAAGGCCAUGUCCACCUACUUCGUCAUGGUCCCCGACCAGUGGACGCCGCCCCUCAUCCGGGCCGGCUCGUCGGACGAGACCAAGGGGGACGACGACGAGGCCUCGUCGAGCCUAGGUGUAAACGAUGCGGGGGGGCCCGAGGGGAUCGCGGCGACCUCGCAUCCGCACAAAGAGGACGGGGACUGAUAGGGCGGGGUUUUGAGCCUCUGUUGAGUGCAAGUCUGUGCCUCUGACGCUUUGGCGAGGCUGGCGGUGUGUCCCGCUCGGUGAUGGGUCGCGGCUCCGACAUGAAAGAGAUCAUCGGUGGCUUCGGAAGCUAUAGUUUUAGAGAUCACGAACGGUGUUGUCGGUCAUAUUCUUACGUUUGUCCAGGACGAAGAUAUGGCUCAUUAAAGGGGUAUAAUUCUUGUAUCAAGUGCUUUGGUCGAUAGGUCACUCGGUGUCGGUUCACAUGUGUCAUGAGCCGCACUAGGGUGCUGUCAAGAAGUAGCCACUGUAGUGUGUACAUUGAGCAAAUAGAGACAUAGAGCUAUGGUCCGUUGCGGGUUUGUAAACACACUAGAGGCGGCUACUGGAACUUCUGUAUGAUCAAACAUACAUAUUUGAUAGCUUCGAUAAGCAGUAUUGUCAACCUAGCGACAAGCCUUUCUCUUACUGGCAACCGGGCCUGGUGGAUUCAUAUGCA